AUGGAUUCAUUAGUAUCGCAGUACAGCCGACCGGCGUAUACAGAGGAAGGCCCGUCCGAGGAGGAGCAGCUGCAGCUCUACAGCGGCACCCCAGAGCUGUCUCUCAAGUUUGCCCUACCACCAGUAGCUCAGGUGCGCUAUUCCUUCACUAUGGCCUAUGAGGAGUGGAAUUCAGCAUCAUGGCUCCGCGCAAUGACGGACGACUACUCCAACCCAAACUGCCCCAUCAAGAUCGCCCACGGAACCACAACCCUCGCCUUCCGCUUCAAGGGCGGCAUCAUCGUAGCCACCGAUUCGCGUGCGACGGCUGGAAACUGGAUAGCCAGUCAGACGGUCAAGAAGGUCAUUGAGAUCAACAACUGCUUGUUGGGAACCAUGGCUGGUGGCGCUGCUGACUGCCAAUACUGGCUCGCAUACCUCGGAAUGCAAUGCCGCCUCCACGAGCUCCGCCACAAGCGCCGUAUCUCCGUCGCCGCAGCCUCCAAGAUCCUCGCCAACCUCGUCUACUCAUACAAGGGUAUGGGUCUGAGUAUGGGAACAAUGUGCGCAGGCGUAACCCCGCAAGAAGGCCCCGCCCUCUACUACAUCGACAGCGACGGCACGCGCCUCGCCGGCAACCUCUUCUGUGUCGGUUCCGGACAGACCUUCGCCUACGGUGUGCUCGACGCACAGUACAAGUACGAAUUGGAAGACGACGAGGCGCUCGAGCUGGGCAGGAGGAGUAUUCUCGCUGCUACCCAUCGCGACGCGUACUCUGGUGGUUUCAUCAACUUGUACCAUGUCAAGGAGGACGGCUGGGUCAAGCACGGCUUCAACGAUACGAAUCCGAUUUUCUGGGAGACGAAGCUUAAGAAGGGCGAGUUCUCGAAUGUGACUAGUGCGUUGGAGUAG